AUGAGCGGAGACUACAGUGCCACGAGGAAAUCUGAGAAUGUUGAUACGUCGACAACAGCGUCCCAGGAGGAUAGCUCUCUUGCUCCAGAACAACCCGAGAAGCUUGUCGGGACCUCAGAUGUGGCUGCAGUUUCCAACAAUGAGCCGACUGCGGAUGAAUACCCGCAUGGGGUACGCCUGAUAACUCUUGUCUUGGCUAUCAAUCUGGCCAUGUUCUUAGCCUCCCUGGACCAGACUAUUCUCGGUACAGCGAUCCCCAAAAUCACGGAUGAGUUCCAUGGUCUCAGUCAAGUAUCAUGGUACGGAUCAGCGUACUUUAUGUGCCUCGGCGGUUUCCAGUCCACCUGGGGCAAAGUCUACAAAUACUUCCCUUUGAAGAUCUCCUUUGCGAUAGCAGUCUUCGUCUUUGAACUAGGAAGUCUCAUUUGUGGAGUGGCUCGAAACUCCAACACCUUCAUCGUCGGCCGAGCGAUUGCAGGUAUUGGGGGUGCCGGUAUCACCUCAGGCUCUACCGUCAUCUUGGCGUUCAGCGCUGAGCCCGCCAAACGACCGACAUUGAUGAGCACUAUGGGAGUCACCUAUUGCAUUGCAUUCAUCCUCGGCCCUCUUAUUGGCGGAGCCUUCUCGGAGAAAGUAACAUGGAGAUGGUGCUUCUACAUUAACUUGCCCAUUGGUGGUCUCGCCAUGGCUUUGUUUUUCCUCUUCUUCAGAACUCCGAGCGUCUCCACUACCCAAGAUGCAACGCUGAAGGAGAAGCUCUUGCACAUGGAUCCGGUCGGCACCGUGCUGGCCAUGGGCGGUAUUAUCAGCUUCAUCCUUGCACUCCAGUACGCUGGCGUCAGCCAUGCCUGGAACAGCAGUGUGGUCAUCGGGCUGCUUGUCGGAUUCGUUCUCAUAAUGGUCACGCUUGCUGCCUGGGAAUACUUCCAAGGCGAUUACGCCAUGCUGCCCUACAGACUAUUCAAGCGCCGUGUGAUGUGGGCUGGUGGUAUAUUCCAGUUCUUUUUUGUCGGCUGCUACUUUUUGCUCUUGUUCUAUCUUCCCAUUUACUUCCAGAGCAUCAAAGGUGUUAGUGCUAUUCAUUCUGGUGUUGACAACCUGCCUUUGGUCCUUUCCGCUUGUUUGUUCAUCAUCCUUGGAGGAGCCGCCGUCGAGAAGACGCACAUGGCGACCCCCUACAUGACUGCUGGCGCAGCAGUGGCAGCAGUGGCUACUGGAUUGCUCUACACGCUCGAUGUCGACACGUCCAGUGGGAAAUGGAUCGGCUAUCAAGUCCUCGUUGGUGCUGGUCUUGCAUUUCCAUUCCAGAAUGCCCUGAAUAUUCUCCAAGCCGAGGUUGACGCUGACGACAUGUCGCCUGCUACGUCGAGUCUAUACUUUUUCCAGAUUCUUGGAGGUGCAUUCAGCAUCUCGGCGGCCCAAGCAGCUUUCAACAACAGGCUGCUUCACUCUUUGACAACCAACGCACCAGGAGUUUCUCCACUACUGGUUCUCGCAACAGGUGCCUCCGACCUUCGCUCAGUUUUCUCGGCGGAUGAGCUGCCAGGUGUUAUCCUGUCAUAUAUGGAUGGUCUCAAGGCCGCCUUUGCUGUUUCAGUCGGACUGGUUGGCACGGCUUUUCUGGUAAGCUUCAUCGUUCCAUGGAAGAAGAUUAAUUUGAAGCCUGGAGAGGCAGUUGCCAUGGCUUAA